AUGUUUGCAAAUUCUUACCAAAGCGGAUUUAUUUCAAUAUUUUAUAGCGUCGGUAGUAAUCCAUUAGCUCUUUGGGAUAAACAAGUUAAAAAUGGGCAUAUUAGAAGAAUUGUCGAUGACGAAGUUAAAUCAUUGGUUCUAGAUAUAUCCGGUAGCAAUGUAGCUACAACUUACAUAACAUGCCCCAUCAAGCCCAGGGCCUCUCUGGGGAUUAAACUACCUUUUUUCGUGAUGAUCAUAAAGAACAUGAAAAAAUAUUUCACCUUUGAAAUUCAAAUUCUUGAUGACAAAGAAAUGCACCGACGAUUUCGAGUAUCGAACUUCCAAUCCAGUACAAAAGUAAAGCCAUUUUGUACUACAAUGCCAAUCGGGUUGAGUUCUGGAUGGAAUCAAGUGCAAUUCAAUUUGGCCGAUUUUACUAAGAGAGCCUACGGUUCAACCUACGUGGAAACAAUGAGAGUGCAAGUCCACGCAAACGUUCGAAUCAGACGUCUGUACUUCACAGAUACAUUGUACACAGAUGAAGAGCUUCCCAAUGAAUUCAAGCUUUUCGGUCCCAUGUCUGCUCAGAAGAAGAAGGAAGCCGAAAAGAAACCAUCGAAAGAACAAGUUGUGAAAGAGGAAGCGAAACCACCAGAAGAAGUUCCACCGCCGCCAACCCCAGUCGAUACCGCCGUACCCGAGGAGGUUAAGAGCCGCGCUGAAGUCGAAAGCAAAGCAGGCGAAGAAGCGGAAGAGGCUACUGAAGAGCCAAUUGAAGGACGACCUUCUGAAGCUGGUGCUCCCAGUGUAGGAGCACCGAGUGAAGGUGCACCGAGUGAAGCGGGAGACGAGGGUGUUAGUGCAGAUGAAGAAGGUGGUGGAGGAGGCAUGGAAGAAGGCGCCGAGCUCAUUUCAGAAGGACCUGCAGAGGAUGAAAUGCCGGCACCCGAACCAACAUCCGAAACUGAAGGAGGAGUAACUGAAGAAGGCGGCGAAGCCACGGAGCCAACAGAGGAGCAAGCGGAAGGUGCGCCAACGCCCACGGAAGGUGGUGAAGAGGCCCUAACGGAUACCGAAGCAGAAGAAGAGGGCGCGGAAGCGCCACCGCCGGAAUAA